AUGGUUCGACUGGCGGUGGACAGUGAGUCACAGAGAAAAGAUACCUGGAUGGAGAAUAUGCUAGCUACUGCUCUAUGGCAGAAACUUCCUCCCACAGAGCUAUUCUUCAAUGAAAGUGGAUUUUCAAGCUGUGAUCCGUUGAUCCCCGGCUAUCGACCCAUCGUCUGGGGUCUCUUCGGGGGUGAAGACGGCAGCCUCUUGCCAUAUCUUACCCAGCUCAUCUUCAUCAUUACAAAGAACCGUAUCAACCGGAUCGACGCUCUCUACGCUGAGAAUCCAAUCACGCACCCGUAUCACAGAGUCCGAAUUGUCGACGCCGGGGAUCUGCCGGAACUAUAUCACCAUUCGUCGUUCGGAAGCCAGAUUACUUUGAAGAUUGAUGGACCAGGAGGGGAACGCAUCACGGAGCUCGGUGUCGGAUAUGAAAAUCACAAUAACGCUAUCCGCCAUCGCUAUUUUAAUCAUGGAUUUCCUCACUUCUAUAGGAUCACCACGAAUCGCAAAUCCUUUAUACCCCUCUCCCACCCCAAGUAUUUGCCAACAGACUCUCGUCCUAUUCAUCCAAUGGCCAUUGAGCCAGGGACUGUCCCCAUAGGAUUCUAUGCUGUCCGGCAGUAUGAAAUUGGGCGUGUCAGUUUCGGGGUGAUAUCAAGACCUAUGACUAGCUUAUAA